GGAUUGACCAAACAGUAACAACUAUCGACGGUGCACCGCUAUUACUAUUAGACAUGAAGACCUGGACAUUGGUUUUGCUAUUGAUUGGCGUUACUGAAACAGCACAUUUUUGUUACCCUGAACAAAUUGAGUGGACCGGAGCAGAGGCGAGCGCUUUUACGAAAGCUGGAGAAUUGGACCUUGUUUCCAUUGGGUUUGAAGUUGGUCAACUCCCAGAGAGCGCGGAUGGUCUUAUCUCUAACAGUCAACUUGCUGAAGUCGAAGUUCUAACCGUGGAUGACGCCGCUAAAAAGAUGACAAUUUCAUGGGACUUGCUUAGUUAUGAUCUGACUCUACAAAAUGAUAUAACAGUAGUGGAGUCUGAAGUUAUCCACACAGUACACACGUCUGAUGCUGCUGGAGCAGAAGGCCUAGUCAAAUUAACAGCUGCAUUCACUGGUCUAUCUAGUGAUAAUCUUGAGCAGUAUAAGGUUACACUCGAGUGCCGUGCAGCGGUUGCAGACGUCUUUGUGGAGUCAGCCCUUACCUUUGUUUUAGUAGCAGACGCUCCGAAGCCAUCAGCUAGCUUCGUAGUUACGUAUGCCAUUAUCGCUGAUACCCCAGACACGUUAGCAGUUUAUCUUGACGACAUCCAGCUGACUACUUCCGAUACUAUUUCGACAGAUUGUACUGCAGCGUUAAAAGCUAAUUCUGCACUUGACGGACGUUUCCUUACCAUAUUUACCGAUCAGGCAACUGUUCUACCAGCCAAAAUAACAUGGAUGUUCCCGUCCACUUACGACCCUGUAAAAGCGCCGUUUGAAAGGAGUAAUGUCGUGAUUGUGGACAAUUUCGAUAGCAAAGGUUUCAUUUCCUAUGUUUUGGAUAAGAGAACGAACACCGGCAACGCCCCCGCAAGAACAGCGUAUAUCUUCAAUACGUGCGUCAGCAGUACCCACAACAUAUAUGCAGCCGAUGCCUCAUCGGGAGAUGAAAAGUGCCCUGCUGAUAGGUCAGGAAUAACAAAUUUUACUCCUUGUUCAAUACCGGACGGUUUUGCAGUCCCUGUAACAAAGGAAUCCGAGUGUAACUCUGAAUAUUGUUGUUGGGUCACUGACAUAUGUAUUACAGCUCAAACACCAAGCUGCAAACUGGUAGGCGACAGUGCAAAGGAUCUUGCAAAAAGCGAAUCAACGAAAACUAUAAUAGAUGGAGAGGAAAUAGUUGCUGGUAACUACGCCUCUUACGACAGAAUAUACUUGGGGCAGGAAAUUACGUUUGAAUGUAUAAGUAUCUCGAAUCCAACUAAAAUGUAUAUGAUACCAAAAGACGACAGUAUUACGGACUUUUCAGAUUUUGGAACUUUCAAAAAAAUCAGCUUUAGUUGUUUACAGGACUCUGCUGGAGGAAUGACUGAUAUCAUGGCUAUGUAUGAACUCUUUAAAUGUGAAUACGCGUGUGCAGAACCAACCCUUGACGAUUCCGUGAUGAUAAAAAAUCUCGAUUUUGUAGCAGAGCCGUUCUAUCCCGUUGGUACAGAAAUAAAGUUUGAAUGCAAACCAGGGUAUAUAAGUGAUGAUGUUUUUCCUCCUUUUAAAUGUGUAGGCGGUCAAAACGAUUACAGUGACAGAAGGUGUACUGCCGUGUGUACAAAACCAACCAUUGACGAUACCGUGGUGAUGGAUCUCGAUUUUGAUACAGUGCAGCACUAUCCCCUUGGUACAGAAAUAAAGUUUGAAUGCAAACCAGGGUAUGCACAAGAAGAUGGUAAAACUGUGUUUCCUGCUAUUAAAUGUGAUGGCCCUAAUACGGAUUACAGUGACAUGAAGUGUUAUCAAUGUGACGUAUCUACAGUGACACUGGAAGCCGACGCAAAGGCAUCCUUUUUGACUACAACGGCGUUACCGGAAACGACUGGUGAUACCGGAAAAAUCAUUUACCAAUGUGACGCUGGAGCUUCAUUUGUAGGCGAAAUUAAUUCGGUCUAUAGAAACAAACAAGAGAUGAAAUGCGCCUGGGAUACAAGGGACGAGGUUGUAUUCUUAGACGGGAAUCACAAGAUCGAGGACAUCGUGAAGUGUAGAGAGGACUGCCCACUGAAGCUGCCUGAAGAUCAUGGAAUAGCGUUCGGAUUUGACAGUUACCCUGAGACAAUAUUGUCGGUCCCUCAAGACAAUUCAUAUGAUGUUGCUUGCGAAGAUGGCGAGUAUUAUUUACCGUAUGGGCAAGAGGAUGAAGUCGAAUGUAAAGAGGUGACCGAUGGAGGAUCGCCAAGUGAGAUUGUCGUUCAAGCGUGCAGCGCUCCUUGUGAUAUCACAACCAUCAAUAAAGAAUAUAACGUAGAAUACGCUACAAUCGAAAAGGGGCAGUUUCAGGAUGCUUCAAAGGAAUUUGCGGUUGGGCUCAACACACCACUACUCCUUAGUGGUUGCAAACAAUCUAAAGUGUUUCUGUUUACCGAGAACGUUGAGGCAAACACCAAAUUCUUUUGUGACGCAUCGAAAUACGACUUUGAAAAUGCUCAAUUUAAAGACCUCAUAAAGUGUUACGACAUGUGCAAAUUACCAACCAGAAGUGAACUCGACUAUUACCACGACUUCCUUAAAAUCGAGGACGCCGGUGGCGAUACUUCUUUUGUCACAUUAGCACCCGAAGCCACUUCCAUACCUCCCAACACAAAGGUGCAAUUCCAAUGUAAAGAUCAAACGAUGACAGUGGAAAGAACUGAAGGUACCAUAUUCGAAGCUGAAUGUGGAACGAACGGAGAUGAGAUAGUGUUACAGAGAUGCUACCCUUCGUGUUCGGUAUCUGAGAUUCCCAACCCUAACGCCAACACCAUCAUUAGCGCCGUAGGUCAGACCGGAACCAAAGUUAAAUUGGGUGAAGAGGUGGAAAUUAAUUGUUCUAGUGACGACUAUGUCAUGGCUUUCGAUGUUACCAAAAGAGCAAUUGGGUCUUAUGCUGAGUGUAAGGUAGAUCCUAACGAUAAUAGAAGUUUAGAAUUGAAGGAGGCAGGAACACAUGCUGGCAAAGAUUGGUGCCUUGCUGUCCCAAAGUUGGGUGCACCAACAGCGUCAACCGGAUCGUACACCUUUACAGCUUCUGUGGUAUUGCCUUCAGACAGAGAUACAUCUGUAGAUUGGAAGAUAGAGGAAGUGUUUGUCGCGGACAGUGGUGGUGAUAUAAUUUGCCCCAUUACUAGUAUCAACGCAGACUCCGAUACUUACGAUUGCCCGUACACUCUAUAUACCUCUGAUGCUGAUUGGAAAGCCAAAUUAAAAGAUGGUAUCUCACUGCAUGUCGUUCAUAUCAAAUAUCCAAGCCAAGAUAAAGUGUUUGUGACUAGAAAAGACGUUACCGGAUUUUAUGUUGGACCUCCACCCUUGGACGCAGGUGACGUCACGAUUAGUGUUGUCGGCGCUAAAACUGUAACUAUGAUUUUCAAAGACACUUUGCCUGCUGAUAUUGGAGAAAUUACUGCAAUCGGUUCAUACGAACCAGUGUAUUCAAUGAAGAUAAGUGAAAAGAAUGGUGACGAGAAACAAGCUUACGAUGCUAAGAAUAUAGCCGAUCUUGUGAGCCAGACUGAAUACGAUUGGAGCAGUGUCCUAGAGCCUCUCAAGAGCUAUGUUGUUGUGAUAUCUUCCAGCACUGAGAAAGGACCCGGCGGAGAUAUGACCAAAGAAUUCAAAACUGGUCACGCUCCUGCGACCAUCACGGACUUUGAAGUUUCCUCAACCGCCUGCGAUGUGACGAUCAAGUUAGCCGAUACCAGUCCAGGAGGCAACACCAAAGUCAAGUAUACCCUGAGUAGCAAGGCCGAAGUUAUUGAAGAGAAAGAUUUUGGAACUGCUAAGGAAGUUACCAUAUCGUACGAUGAUCUUACUCCACUCACAGAGUACACUUUCACUGUCACGGUCCUGACUAAUGAUGAUACACCCUCCGAGACAGUCACAAACACUUUCACUCAAGGACCAACACUCCCAACACCAAUAGAUUCCUCAAAAAUAGUGUUGACUGACAGUACUGCUAUAGUGGAAUUCGUGCCAGAAGAAGGUUUCACUUACCGCUUAAAGGUAUCCAAAAAGGUUGACGAAGUGUGGACAGUUAUGAUGGAGUAUGUUUACCCUGAUAACAGCAGCGAAAGUGGGGCUGAUAACCUACCUUCACGAAGAAAGCGUGAUGUUACACCAGUUAUUCAUGAAUUCACAGGUCUAGAAUUAAAUGUUGCCUACAAAAUUUCAAUGACCUCCGAGGGGAAUGUUGGCGAAACGGAAACAGUACUGACAAGUGAUCCUGUUGAAGUUGAAUUUACAACUUAUGCCUGUAGUAAAUCUACUUUGACGGACGCGAAUGUAACCGUGAGUUUGGAAGAUAGCGAACAAGUCGUCUCAGACUUUUUGUCUCCAGAUAGUAAUGUGCAUUUCACGUUCACCUGUCCGGAUAUGCUUGCCUUCAGAUUUGAGGUAGCUGAAAAAGUAGAAUACAAUACCACCGCCAGGGUUUUGUGUACUGCUUCAGGGUGGGACAAAGAUAGUUAUACAGUAUGUGUAGAGGUUCCAGCUGCUGUAAGUGUUGGUGUCGUGAUAGGAUCAGUUGCGGCAGUGCUUAUCUUUAUAGCAAUAAUCAUAGUUGGAAUUUGUGUUCUACUACGCUGGCGACGAAAUCAAAGAAGUUCCUCCACUGGAAAUGUGGUCUAUGAAAAUACUGAUAAUACCAAAACAGCUGAAGUAUCCCUUCCUUCUAGAAAACAAGCAUAAUAUUAUACUCCCUGCUACGCCAUCUGAAGAUCAUAUAUAUAGCAGUUAUAGCAGUGAAAAAAAUAGUAGCGCAGAUGAUAGUAGCGCAGAUGAUUUUUGAUUUGAUUUGAUUCGAAACUUUUAUAAAUAGUACAUAUACAACCAUCAGAGACCUUGGAAAGUUCCUUACCAAAGCUCAUGAACGAAGAUUUCCUAAAGCAUCCUUUAAACAAAUUCCUAACAAUAAAAAUAUUGCCUAAUGUAAGAUUCGGAACAUUUUUAUAAGAGUUUAUUUGAAUUAUUAGUAAAAUAAAUCUCAUUAUGAAGAUUUGCGGCGAUUACUUUUUUGUUUAACCUUAUUAUAGUAUUAGUGGUUGCAAUUUUAUUCUCAUUCUCUUGUAUAUAUUCUUUUUGACUUUUGGGUAAAUUUACUUUUUAUAUUGGGUCAGACAUUAUACCAUGUAAUUUUACUUCUGAAUCGUUUAAUCUGUUUAAUCCUAAUAU